CUCCAGAUGAUUGAUCCACAAGGUCUUCAAAACAGGUCACGAGGCUCUCGUCGUCUUCGGCGCUUUCCAAUCAUCAGUGCCGGCCCCAAUGAGCAAUGGUCAAUGGAUGGCCAUGACAAGCUUGCAAUGUGGGGAUUUGGAAUAUAUGGGAUCAGGGAUGUAUACUCCGGUUUCCUCCUGGCACUGCAUGCCUUUCCAAGUAAUCGUCUGGCUGCCAAUGUCCACUGGCUUUUCCUGGAGACGAUUUUAGAACAGAAGGGUACCUUACAGAUAGGCUACCCUAUACAAGUUGCAAGUGAUAGGGGCUCUGAGAUGGGGCAGAUUUCAGAAACACAGUUUCUUCUACGUCAGACAUAUUCCACACCUGAACUCGAUGAUGUCCCACCUCAUAUCUGUCUGAAGUCCCUUCGUAACAUCACAAUUGAAAGGCAAUGGGUCCAUGUGCGGAAGGAGGUGGUGGACCUUAUUCUUGAAAAAAUACAAGAGGGACUUGAAAGGGGUUUUGUAUGGACGAAUCCAGCUCAUCGCUCUCUAUUUUGGUGGCUCUUUGCACCCUUAGUUCAAGGCUUAUUGGCUCAGCAUGUCACCUUCCAUAACUCCUUUUGGGUUCGCCGACAGCCCACAAAACCCAAUCCAUCUGGUGGACGUAGACAAGAUUUCUUCAAAAGCCCAGAGAAGUUUGGGGGAGUAGAGUGUCUGCAGCGAAUACAGCUAGAUACCAUCAGAGAGAUCAUGGAGAUACGAGACAAAGUAGUGACAGAGGGUAUGCUGCGGUGGAUCUCAGAGGAGGAAGAGAAAAUUUGUUUGAAUGCACAUUGGGCACUAGGUGCAUCUGCGGCAUGUUGGACAUUACAUGAGGUAUGGAACCUCUUCGAACAAAUGGUACCGUUGACACAGGCUCAUUUGACAAGAGUUUUUGAGCAGAUGGAAGUGUAG